UAGAUCUGAUAUUCAAUUUUUCAAAAUUUUGAGGAGCCUUUUUUUCUUCUUUCUCUCUCUUGUUUUCUAACCCUAACCCCCAAAUUAACGUUCCAAUUUUUCCCAAAAUCAAUCCAAAUCCCUCAAAUAUACAUACACCAGCCUAUAUCUAUAUAUCUUCAUCUUCCUUUAAACAAUCAUACCCAGUUUUCCGUUCAGUCGAUUAUAUCAAUGACUUCUCGAAACCAAAACAAGCCUCCCGUACCACGCAGUCCUGUAAACAAAAACCGAGCUGUUACGGAUGAGGCUCCAGAUAAGCGUAGGAAGAUCGGGACUGGUCGGAUGAUGGCAUCGACUACUGCAAGUCGAGGAAGACAGGCGCUCGCUCCAGUGAGCACUCCUAAGGAAGCUGGUAUCGCGCCUUCUUCAGAAACUGAGGCUUCUGAGUUUGACAAUAUCGAGUUUACGAAAGAGGAGGUUGAUGCGUUGUUGAACGAGAGGUUUAAAGGAAAAAAAUUUGAUUCAAAAGGAAAGCAAGAGUGGAUGACAGAGUAUUUGAAAAAGCUGAAGAUGUGUAUAAAAUGGUUUCAAAAGGCUUUAGAAGACCUUACUGAGGAAAAGGAAAACUUGAGUAAAAUGCUCGAUUCAUCCGAACAAAAGUGUGUUGAAGCAGAGGCUGCAAUGAAAAGUAAGGAACAGGAGCUGCAGACUACUAUUUCUAAAUUGGAAACGAUUAUUACAACUUUGAAAGAAAGUCUAGCAAAAGAAGAGUCUGAGAAAUUAGAUGCUCUUGAUUGUCAUAAGAGAGAAUUAGAAGCGAGGAUGGUUUCAGAAAAGAAUCUUGAUUCAGUAAGGGUAGAGCUUAGAGGGGCUGAGCAAAAUGCGUCGAUUGCUAAUGAGAAGGCGAAAAGCCAAGAAGAGAAUAAUAAGAGGUUGCAAGAGUACAGCACAAGUUUGCAACAGUACAAUUCCAAACUUCAAACUGACCUUAAAGCAGCCACUGAUGCAAACAAACAAGUAGAAAGCGAGAAGUCUGCAGUAUUGGAAAAUCUCAGAGAAUUAAGAAGUCAUCAUAGCUUGUUGCAGAAUAAGUUUUCUACUGCUACGAAAUCCCGUGAUGAUGCUAUUGAGCAAAAAGAAUCUGCCAUGAAAGAAGUUGAUAUCCUUAGAAGAGAAUUGCAACAAGUAAGGGAGGAUCGUGAGCGCCAGUUAUUUCAAGUGCAAGAGUUAACUUCUGCAUUAAAUGAAUACAAAGAGACUACCGGGCGAACUGUUGACGAGGUCAAGCAUUUAAUGAUAAAAUCAUCUGCUUUGGAGGAUACUUGUAAAUCUCGAGAAAAAGAGAUAUCUCUUCUUCAAUACCAAUUAGUUGCCGCCAAUCAAAAGCUUGAGAUGGCUGGUAAAUCCUCGGAAGAAAUAAGUAAAGAGUUCGAGAAGCAAAAGAGAUAUAUAUUAGACUUGCAAGAUAGUAUACGAGUCAAAGAUGCUCAACUUGUUGAGGGCGAGAGUUUGAGAAAGAAGCUGCAUAACACCAUAUUGGAAUUGAAAGGCAACAUUAGAGUAUUUUGUAGAGUUCGACCUUUGCUUCCUGAUGAUGGUCCUGAAACAGAAGCUGCUGUAUCUUAUCCCACAGGGGUAGAAUCAGCUGGCCGAGGCAUUGAUUUAAUCCAAUGUGGCCAAAAGUAUCCAUUCACAUUCGAUAAAGUGUUUGCACACGAUGCAUCUCAACAGGAUGUGUUCAUGGAGAUAUCACAGUUGGUACAGAGUGCACUCGAUGGAUAUAAGGUUUGUAUAUUUGCAUAUGGGCAAACUGGAUCCGGUAAGACGUACACUAUGAUGGGUAGGCCAGAAGCUCCUCUGCAAAAGGGCCUCAUCCCACGGUCUUUAGAGCAAGUUUUUGAAACUAGCCAAGCCCUUGUUGCCCAGGGAUGGAAAUACAAGAUGCAGGCUUCAAUGUUGGAAAUUUACAACGAAACAAUUCGUGACUUGCUGUCCCCACGGUCAAUUGGUGGAGAUGUUUCACGUGCAGAAGUCAGUGGUGCAGGGAAGCAAUAUACCAUCAGGCAUGAUGCAGAAGGCAACACAUAUGUUUCUGAUCUUACCAUUGUCGAUGUGUGUAGCUCAAGAGAGGUUUCCAAUCUUCUCCAGCAGGCUGCACAUAGCAGGUCUGUUGGCAAAACAGAUAUGAACGAGCAUUCGUCUAGAAGUCAUUUUGUUUUUACAUUAAGGAUAUAUGGAGUAAACGAGAGCACUGAACAACAAGUUCAAGGGGUCUUGAAUCUAAUUGAUUUAGCUGGUAGUGAACGUCUUUCAAGAAGCGGUGCGACUGGAGAAAGAUUGAAGGAGACACAGGCUAUCAACAAAAGUUUAUCUUCGUUGAGUGAUGUAAUUUUUGCCCUUGCAAAGAAAGAAGAUCAUGUUCCCUUCAGGAACUCAAAGCUUACAUAUCUUCUCCAGCCUUGUUUGGGCGGAGACUCAAAGACACUCAUGUUUGUGAACGUAUCACCUGAUCCGUUAUCCGUUGGAGAGUCAUUAUGUUCAUUACGAUUUGCUGCAAGGGUGAAUUCUUGUGAGAUCGGAAUCCCACGUCGGCAAACUAUCCGACCUUUGGAUUCUCGCUUGAGUUGUGGCUAAAACUUAUAGGAUUUGAAAGCUGACAAGGAUGAUGCUUUGCAAAGGGUAUUAAAGUGUCGUUUGUCAUAUGCCCCAAUGACACUGCUACUAUUUGUUUUCAUUUGAGAGUGCAUAAAUGGGUUGUUAACAAAAUAUGUAAUAUUUAACUUGGUUUGUGUAUCUGUUGUACCUGAUGUAGAUGACAUAUUAGUGUUUGCAAACAUAUGUAGCUCUUGCAUAUGAUUGGUUAUUUUAAUUGUGAGUUUUAAAUCAAGGAAAA